CUCAUCAAACAGGCGAUUUUCAUUCAUAUAGUCCGAGUCGAAAUUUCGAUGGAAACCUUCACUGAUACCUUAGCCUUCGCGCCAAAAUCUCGUGCGAGAGAAUCAAGCAUAAUCAGGCUCCUGCACUAAAAUAAAAAAAAACGGAAUUUAGCAUUCGUUCGUUUCCAGCCAGAGAUAUUCCUUGCACCUUGAAAACGAAAGGGUGUUUUCAGAGAUUUCACUGCACCGCAUCUGCGCAUUAAAAAAAAAUCCCCACAUUCUAGAAUGCUUUUAAAGAGAGGACUAUCAGCUUUGGAUUAUGUUAUUUUCGUGGGAUCCUUGCUGGUGGCAUUGGUCAUCGGAAUAUGGAGAUUUAUCAGAUCAAAACUAGUUGGCGAGGAGUUUGAAGCUGGACCCAAGACGCAAACCGCUGCCGAAGAAGCUUUCAUUUCGAAAGGAUCCAUUUUAAUUGACAGGAGCAUACAAAAUUUGAAGCAUCUGCAGAGCAAGGCAAACAAGGGAUGACUUGCCCUCUUUCCGGUGGUCCUCUCUUUGAUGGCUUCAUACAACUCUGCAAUCAUAAUCUUUGGACAUCCUGCUGAAAUCUAUGCAUACGGAGCACAGUACAUGGUGAAUUCUCUUGGCCUAAUAGGAGUUGCUGCAGCAUCUUUCAUUUACGUUCCUGUCAUGUACCCAUUGAACCUCAGUAGUUCAUUCGAGUACUUUGAAGUAAGAUAUGACGGAAAGCUAGUAAGACUCCUGGCAGCUUGCAUGUACUUGUUGUACAUGUCUUUGUACAUGGGAACUGCUUUGUAUGCUCCUGUCAUGGCUUUGUCUUCAAUGACAAACUUUCCAAAGUGGGCUGCCAUCUUGCUGGCGGGCGGCAUAUGUUCAGUAUAUUCCAGCUUGGGUGGCUUGAGAGGAGUUGUGUGGACAGAUGUUUUUCAAAUUAUCGUCAUGUUUGGAAGCAUGUUGACAACUUUUGUGUACGGAAUUGUGCAAGCCGGAGGGGUUAAAAAAGUUUACGACGUUAGCAAGCGGUUUGGAAGGCUAGACUUUUUCAACUUCAAUCCAGAUCCAUUCCAACGACACAGUUUCUGGCUCCUCGUGUCAAACACAGCAUUCCAAUGGAUAUUUGUGUACGGAGCUGCACAAGGUUCUUUCCAGCGGUACGUUAGCAUGCCGACGUUCAGGAAAGCGCAACUGGCUCUUGGGCUCAACGUUCCCAUUCUGCUGCUCAUGGCUCUGAUUUCCAAUCUGACUGGCUUAAUUCUCUUCGCAAAUUAUGCGACUUGCGACCCGAUUUUGACAGGCGACAUAGAAAAGAUUGACGAAAUAUUGCCCUUCUUUUUGGACGACAAAAUGGGGCAUAUCAACGGGAUUGCAGGGCUUUUCUUCGCCAGUUUGUUUGCUGGUGGUCUCAGCUCAGUGUCUUCCGGUUUGAACUCGUUGGCAUCAGUUGCUUGGGAAGAUGGGUUGAAGAUUUCCGGAUGGCCAGAUUCGCUGAGUGAACAAAAACAGGUUCUUGUGGUCAGGAUAUUAGGGUUCGGUUUCGGGGUUCUGGGUGUUGGACUGGCAUUCAUGAGCAGCACUCUGGGUAGCAUCAACCAAGUGAAUUUGACUCUGACUACAACAUUUGCGUCUCCCAUCAUGGCUAUGUUCCUGGCAUCCAUCUUUUUACCUUUUGUAAACAAGCCUGGGAUUCUUGCUGGAGCACUGCUGAGCUUCGUGAUGGCCAGUUGGGCGGGGUUUGGGAAGCUUUCCCGCAAGAUGCCACCGCCUACCAGACUUCCAUCCAGCAUUGAAAACUGUGCUAAUGAGACCGAGUCCAUGAUGAUGGCCUUUCGUCUUCAAUUCGACCCCUGGUUUUUGGCUGACAAUUCAACAGGCGAAAGCGAGGAACAAGUGAGAGACUUCUACCAUUUAUCGUAUCUACUGAAUCAGCAAAUGGGACUUUGGUCUGGUGUUUUUUCAAGCGUUUUCAUCAGCUUGGUGACAGUAUUUUUGAGGGUGCUGGGUCAUCCGCCAGUUGGUCAAUUCACGGUCGCCCACCCGCCGGUUGUCAAGCUUGGGUUGGUCCAACCACCAGCCAGGGCAGUCCUUGGCCUCACCAAUCCCCAGCCCACCAAACUGCAGUCAAGUCACCCAAUUGUUGGGGCACUCAAACAAUUGGGUGACAAGAAUCAUGCUGAUUCUUUCAGGAAUUUGUUUGGGUGCCCCAACAAUUGGGUGACUGGACUGCAGUUUGGUGGGCUGGGGAUUGGUGAGGCCAAGGACUGCCCUGGCUGGUGGUUGGACCAACCGGCGCUUGACAACUGGCGGUUGCGCAACGGUGAAUUGACCAACCAGCAGCUGACAGGACACAAUUUUUGA